UUAACGGAUUGGUUAAUCAAUUCAAAAUCCAUUUCUGUAAAAGAUAUAAUGGUGUAAACUGAAAAAAGCAUAAAACUAAAAUCAUUUGAAAGCAAAAAUGGCAAACCACCGAAUAAACUUCAACACAUUAAAACAAAAUUUGUAAAACUUAACUAAUUUACAGUAAAAUUCAAAAUAAUGAACUGAAAUAGUACAAAAAGGGAAAAUUGUAAAGAAAACGAAAAUUAAAUAAAGUGAACUAUAGGGUCUGAUCCCCUGAGCAAGAUGGCGGCUUCGGCUGCAGUUGUCUCAGGCUCCUGCUCUGUCACGUGUCAACUGUCGACCAAUCAGAGCUGUGUGCGUUCAGGACGACAACAACCCGCUGAGCGGCGGAAUGCUAGCGGACCGCUGGUCCGAAACACGGAUUCAGACGCGGGUUUCGACUGAUUUCUGUUCGGGGUUAGUUCAUUUAACCCGACCCGGUCCAGUAGAACUGUUCUGGGGUUCUGACUGAGUUCCGCCCGGGUCCUUCCCGAGCUGUUCGCAUCCCGCAGCGCCUGUUAGCAUGCCGGUUCUGGAAUGCUAGCGAUGUUCAAGAAUGUGUUCGGUUCGGGAUUCCUGGUGAGGACGGCCCACGUGGUUCUGACCUGGAUCAUCACGCUCAUCCUCUUCCUGUAUGACACAGGUGAGUCCGUCCGUGGUUUUCCAGGUUUUCCAGGAGUUCCAGGUUUUCCAGGUCAGGACUCUCUUGUUUCCCCGGCAGAGCUGAGGAAGCAGGAGGAAACGGGCCAGCUGCUGCAGCCGGUUCUGUUCGUCCUGCUGGUUCUGGUGUCGGUUCUGCUGUACUUCGCGGUGUCGCUCAUGGAUCCGGGAUUCAUUCUGACUGAGGACAGCGACCUGCAGUUCACUCUGGGAGGAACGGAGGAGCAGCAGGAUAUGAUCCCGUCCAGCACCAAGUGGCUGCGUCAGCGCCGCUGCGGCCGCUGCCUGCUGCAGCAGCCAAUGAGGUCCAAGCAUUGCCAGACGUGUCAGCACUGCGUGCGGCGCUACGACCAUCACUGCCCGUGGAUCGAGAACUGCGUCGGCGAGCGGAACCACCGCUGGUUCAUCCUCUACUUGGCGCUGCAGCUGCUGGUGCUGCUGUGGGGGCUCCGCGUCGCCUGGACGGGCCUGGGCCACGCCCCCUCCUGGUCGCCGUGGCUGCGCUCCAACGGCGUGCUGCUGGCGGUGUGCGGGCUGCUGGCGCCGCUGGCGCUGGUGGUGCUGCUGCUGCUCGGGUCGCACCUCUACCUGGUGUCCAUGAACGCCACCACCUGGGAGUUCAUGUCGCGCCACCGCAUCUCCUACCUCAAACACUGCGGCGCCGACCAGAACCCGUUCGACCGCGGCGCCGCCCGCAACCUGUGGGGCUUCUUCUGCCAGUGGGGCAGCGUGGUGUGGGAGCAGGCCUACUUCAGGGAGGGCAGCGACCCGGUUUAGGUUCCGCUCACGGGGUCGGAUCACCGGCGCCGGUUCUGCCAGCCCGUCGGUCUGGACCGACCCGGAUCACGUUCUGGGAAAUCAGGACUGAAGUUUUUUAAGGUCCGAAUGUUGGACCAGAUGAAGACUCUGAUUCUGACGACGGAUGGUUCCGACCCGUCUGAGCGGAACAAACGGACUGCAGAGUUCUGAUCUUCCUCUGACCAGAACUUCUGCCUUGACCUUUCACCUUCAUCCAUCAUGGGCUGUAGAAGAGUUCAGGUUCUGAUGGUUCUGUUUACAUGUCGGUCUGGGUCGGGUUCCGGGCCGCCCGGUUCCUGCUCUUCCUCUCCUUGGACCGCCGUCUUCAGUCUGGUUGCCGUGGUUCCCGACCCACAUGGAAGGUCAAAGUUCAGAUCCGGGGCCCGUCCAGCCUGUGGAGCCGUCCGCCAUGCAGAUGGUUGGUUUGGGCUCAGCUUGUUCUGGGGACCAGAGGGACUGGUUCUGAUGGUUCUGGUGGUUCCGGUGGUUCUGGUGGUUCCGGUACCAGUGGACAGGAGCUGAUUAGACCAAUAAACACCGAAACAGGAAGUGAGCCGGAGCUCAAACCUGUGACUUCCUGUCAGAACUGGACUCAGUCUGAGGGUUUCUGGGAACAUCAAAGUUUUUAUCCGGGUCGUUUGUUUGUCUUGAUCCCAACAGGAAGCUGACUGACGGACUUCCUGUUUCACUGCCGGUUCAAACCAGGUUCCUGCUGCAUGUCUGGUGUUUCUGGGUCCCACAGGUUCUACUGGGUCCAGCUUUUUACCUUUCAGGUUGAUGUCCAGAUGAAGCCACUGCAGGGAACCUGAGGGGUCAAAGGUGAACAUGGAGCAAUAAAGCUGGGAGGUUUCUCCUGCUGGAGCGAUCAGAGCUGCA